CUGUCAUCGGGUUACGCGACGGGUAGGUAUGUCGCGGGGGAGGUAUUAUCUCGAGCACAGGUCGGAUCAUCCGAACGCGUCGGCUUGUCAUACGCAGAUGAGUGAUUGGAGUCGUCAAGUUCGCUGCGCGUAGUCGCGGCUGGCCUUCGACUUCCCCUUAUCAUCCGUGUCCGCUGUCUAUCGACGUCGACGCAUGUUCGCGUGGCACGAUUGCUUCGCGUAACCCGCAUCUGGGUGCGGCUUUCCGAGCGGGGGAUUAGAGCAGGGCGCCGGCAACCUCAUGGUCUUCAGGAAGUUUUCGUCAGUCACACGGGGUCGUAGCUUUGUUUUCGAGCCCUCUGGUCUUGCGCUCCCGGCUCUCAUGUUCUGUCCUCGUGUUCUGGGUUGGAGAGGGAGGGAGAUGGGAGAAGGGAAACGAUGUGAAGAAGGAAGCGAGAAGGAAGGGGACGGGAAAGGAAUCCAGGUUGGACCUCUCUCUCCUUUCCCCCCAUCUAUCCGAUUUACCCCAGAUCGGCAUUACAUAAGGAGGAGAGCCGAUGGGGCGCUAGGCCAGGAGGGAAAUUGUCCCCCUGCAGGAUCUCCAGGGGCCAAACUGGAAGACGAUCGAGCAUCUUCCAAGUUGUCAACGUGGUAUUCCCAGCAUUCCCAGUAUUUCCUCUCAGCUGUCCUGGCCAAGGCUAGGUGGGAUCGGGUAAGCGUCUUCCGUAUUUAUCUCCAUUGCAUUGCAUAUCUGGCACAUGGAUGUCCCGUAGGCAGGCAUGCUUGUUUAUAACUCGUUACGACAGCUGGUAACGAGAUCCCUUCG